GGCAGUGACCGGCAUAUGAUGUCAACAGGAGGGCUUAACCUUAUUUAUAAGGCUUUGCAAACCUUCAGGAGCAGAAACACUCCGGCAGACGCCGACAAACCUUCCUCUCUCUUCAGAGGAACACCUCUAAUGACAAGAGGAGUGAGGAAAUUUUGAUUUUCUUUACAACUCCUCAUUGGAUUCGUAAUCAGAAGAAUCAGAAGAAGACAGGAACUCUAAAACUGAAAUAAUGUUCUUCUCCAGGACGGUCCUGCAGCAGUGGUGCUUUGCUGUCUUCUUGCUCUGCUCUCCGGUGCCGCACUUUGGACGGCCGAUUGAUGCCCUGAGCAGCAGAAU